AUGCCUAUUGCGGCCACAUUGAACCCCUCGUCUUUGCUGCGACUGGACACCAACCCCACCUUGUUCUCGCGGAGCGUGCAAAGGGGCACAGCACGACCGCUUUUCUGCAUCUUCAACCCUGCGGCCACGAACAACCAGACAGGCGAAGGCGUGGCCAUCAAGAAGGUCACGAAUGUCUUCAGUAAGAAGAUUCUUGCGAAGCGUGCCCUGCGCGAAAUCAAGCUGCUCCAGCACUUCAGAGAACUCAUGGAAUGUGAUCUGGCAGCCAUCAUCCGAUCUGGCCAGCCCUUGACCGAUGCCCAUUUCCAAUCAUUCAUCUACCAAAUUCUAUGCGGUCUCAAGUACAUUCACUCCGCAAACGUCCUCCACCGAGAUCUCAAGCCUGGCAACCUACUCGUCAAUGCCGACUGCGAGCUCAAGAUUUGCGAUUUUGGUCUGGCUAGAGGUUUCUCCAUGGAUCCCGAAGAGAAUGCGGGGUACAUGACAGAGUAUGUUGCUACUCGAUGGUACAGAGCUCCUGAGAUCAUGUUGAGCUUCCAGAGCUACACAAAAGCUAUCGAUGUAUGGUCCGUAGGCUGCAUCCUAGCUGAACUGUUGGGAGGCAAGCCCUUCUUCAAGGGUCGCGAUUACGUCGAUCAAUUGAACCAGAUCCUACACUACCUGGGAACACCAAAUGAGGAGACACUUUCCCGCAUCGGCUCGCCCCGUGCACAAGAUUACGUGCGCAAUCUGCCAUACAUGCAGAAGAUUUCAUUCCAAUCGCUCUUCAGAAACGCCAACCCUGAUGCGCUCGACUUGCUAGAUCGCAUGCUCGCCUUCGAUCCCUCAAGCCGUAUCUCAGUCGAGGAAGCCUUGGAGCACCGGUACCUGCAAAUCUGGCACGACGCCUCAGACGAGCCAUCGUGCCCAACGACUUUUGACUUCCAGUUUGAAGUUGUCGAGGAGAUUCCUGAAAUGAAGAAGAUGAUUCUAGAUGAAGUCAGUCGGUUCCGCCAAAUGGUUCGCGUACAGCCCGGUGCAGGCGCCGGUGCAAACCAGGCGCCACAGGUCCCGAUACCCAACAACUACGACCGCGCUGGCUACGAAGACCCAAGGCCACAAGAAGCCUUCAAUCAGGGUGGGUGGAACGGUAGCGAUCUAGAGCGAGAUCUUCAGGGUCUUGAUGGUCGCAUGCGAUGAUUGGGUUUCGACGGCAUAGUAUUGGAUACAAGACGUGUUUUCGUUAGCUAGAGUGUAUUGCGGAAACAGUUCAGGCAAAAUCAGCCCCCGAGUAAUUCUUAUGGUAUACAACUAUGUUUAUUCUUCCA